CCGAAAAUACAUUUAAUGCUAUAGCCAUCCGAAUGGACUCGUUCAAGCAGACAGCAGGCACAUGGCCGCAGACGUCGUCGCGGCACGGGUCCCAAACACAUAGUCCGCCCAGGUCGUUACAUUCAGCUGGUAAUUCGGUAAGCGGGUUCCACAGCGACAACGACGACCUAGUACCGCUUCGACAGCUGCGGGCGUCACAGGACGCACUGCAGCCAGAGCCCACAGACAUGAUCACUGGGUGGCUCUACAACGGGCCGCUGCAGCGGGCACGGUAUGAGGAUUUUUCGACAAUCGAUUGGAUCUACGAGACGGCGAAGGCGCGGCGGAACCGGAGCAGCAUGGCGGGGCAGGCGCGCGGCUGGCGUGGGCGCCUAAAGGUACUGUGGAAUGCGUCACAGUCAUGGAUGGUGCUGCUGGCAGUCGGUGUCUUUGUCGGUAUCCUGGCGACGUGUAUAGCAGUGUCGGCGCAGUGGCUGACGGAUAUCAAGAACGGGCACUGCCGCACAGGAUUCCAUUUGAACCGGCGGUUCUGCUGCUGGCAGACGAAUGCGUGUGCGGACUGGGAGACCUGGAGUGAGACACUGCAUGUGCGGUGGCACUGGGUGGACUGGCUUCUGCAGUACCUUGUGUAUGUGACACUGGCUAUAGUGUUUGCGGCCGCCAGCACGUAUCUGGUGACCGAGUGUGCGCCGUACGCAGCCGGCCAGGGCAUCGCCGAGAUCAAGACGAUCAUGGGCGGGUUUAUGAUGCGCAGGUUCCUGGGCGCCCGCACACUUAUGGUGAAGUGCGUGGGCGUGGUGCUGGCGGAGGGCCCGAUGGUACAUAUUGCGUGCUGUCUGGGCAAUGCCAGAAGACGCGAGCUGCUGGCGGCGGCUGCGGCUGCGGGAAUUGCAGCGGCGUUUGGUGCGCCAAUCGGCGGGGUGCUGUUCAGUCUGGAGCAGGUGUCGUAUUAUUUCCCAGCCAAGACCAUGUGGCGGAGUUUGUUUUGUGCCACUGUGGCGGCGGUGACUCUCAAGGCCCUGGACCCGUUCCGCACCGGCAAGCUGGUGCCGUUCCAGGUCACAUAUGACCGCACCUGGGACCAGUUCGAGCUGCCAGUGAUCCAGAACCGCCUGGCAUCACACCUGAUGCAGGUGAGGAGGCGGAGCAGGCUGGCGGCGUUUGCGCGCGGCGAGGUCGUUGUCGUGGCAUUGGCGACAGCCCUGUUGAGUUACCCGAGCGCGUUCCUGCGUGCCGACACCGUCGCAUUGGUGUCGAAUCUAUUUACCGAAUGUGCUGCUGCCGACUCGCAAGGCUUAUGCAGCCGCGCAGACCGCUCUGGGAAUGCCCUGGCCCUGGUGGUUACGGCGCUGGUGCGUGUGGUAUUGACGGCGGUGGCCAGCGGACUGGCAGUGCCAGCCGCAAGCGUGGGCCGCGCUAUGGGGAUGGCGGUCCAGGCGAUGCAGGAGAACCAUCCGCAGUGGCGGGUAUUUGCUGCUUGCAAUCCUGAUGUGCCGUGUGUGACGCCCGGCGUCUAUGCGUUGGUAGGUGCGGCGGCGAUGCUGGCUGCGACCACGCGCAUGACAGUGACGGUGGUGGUGAUUAUGUUUGAAUUGACGGGUGCGCUGAUCUACGGCAUCAUCCGCCUCAACGGUUAUCCGUUCCUGGGCAUGGAGCAGGAGGGUGUUUUGCAUGGCAAUGCCAGCGAGGCCAUGGUAAGGGCGUCCGAGAUGCAGGUGCUAGAGGCUGGCAAUGAGACGUUGGAGGGCAUACAGGAGAUGCUGGCGUGCCAAAUGUUCAGCGGGUUUCCAGGUUGUCAGAUCGCGCCGCCGUGGACUGUGCGCCCGUGGGUGGACCAGGCGCCGAUGACCAUCCAUUACUCGAUGGAUAUUAAUGAUGUUGCCGAGAUCUUCCGUCAGCUGGGCGUGCGCUACGUGCUGGUCGCCCACCAUUCGGUGCUGCUCGGCAUCAUCACCAAGAAGGAUAUUCUGCGUGCUAUCCGCAUGCAGGCCAGAGGCAACUUUGGCAAGCCGACGCUGAUGAGCGUGCUGGCAUGCGGGUCGGCCCGCCAGUGGACGCCGUUGCGCACGGCCGACCGCACGCCGGUGUUUUCGUCAGAGUCAGCUGUGAUUAAUUAAAUUAAUAGAUCCUGAACACGCGCAUUCAGCUUGAUGGGAGGUUUCGUGCUCUCGCUUCUUGACGCGUCCUUGUC